UACUUGGAAGAUCUCAGUUCUUGUACAAGGACUUUGAACCCAGGACAUCUGAGGACAACUCAUUAUCUUGUUCGCGCUCCUUCUUCCACCGUUCAAUUAUACGUGAGCCGUCUAAAAGCCUUAUCGAGCAUGGCCGAAAAAAAAGAAUCGACCCGGGACCCUGGCUUGUACCUCUACGCCAUGUCUUAGUAUUACAACAAUUAAGUCAAACUUGAAAGUUAGUUUUCACCGGUCGCCACCCUGAACUGCUUCAAAUCAAGAAGGCACGCACGAACCGAAGCCAAUCUAUCAUUAAUUUCCAUGCUAAAUCGUUCCAUCUAACCCGCGGAAACCAUGAGUUUGGUACAAACCUUGCGCUCGAGUGCCGUUCUCUUGGGGCGAGUUAGGCCCCGAAUCCAUAGUGCGGCUGCCCGUCCCACCAAAAUCAAGGGGCCCGAAUAUGACGUCACCCCUUCCGAAUGCAUCGUGGUAGGUGUGCCCCACCUCCAAUUCGAUCCACGUCUCAAACGACAUUUCAAACAUGAGGAACAAGUCUUGGCUCACGAUUCGACCAAUCUGGACCUCAAAGUGGGUGAUACGCUCCUGCUCAAAAAGAUGAGCCAGCCUUUCUUGCCUUCUGUUCAGUUCGAAGUGAUCAGAUUGAUCCAGAAAUUUGGCGAUGCUCAAGAUCCGUUGACGGGGGAUGCCGUCACCGCCGAGGAUUAUCGAUCACAUGAACACGCCGUAGCCGAAGUUUAUGGCGGCUCCGGUCCUUUUGAUUACGCCCAAGCUCCACCUCGAGGUCGAUUGGAGGGCACUAAGGACUUCACUGACAAAGUCACCUACUACAGGUGGCACAAAUUCGGCAAAAAGGACGAUUAUAGCUUGGUCUCGUAAUACAUAGCUAUUGUAAUUGUUAUCAUAAUACACAUCCGAGUCGCGGUUAA